AUGGCUGCUGUCGGGCAACACUGGCACCCGGCUGCACUCGGAACUCAAAGCCGACCUUGCGGCACCAUCGCAGGUGUAUCGCUACAGCCGCUCGGCACAACUGGCGAGCAAACCCUUCAAAGCUUCUCCAGAUUUAGGCUUUUGACCGCCGAGCUCCGGGUACUUGUCUGGAAGUUUGCUCUCACGAACGAGAGCGAUGAGCGCCUGGUCAUUUUUGACCGAUAUGAUAUGAGGAUUAUUCCCACUCCUCACCUUAUUUCGCCUCUCCUAUUUGUCAACUGGGAGACGCGCGUGCUUGCGCUCAAGCACUAUAAUACAGAGGUGGCCGUCUACCACAUGCCUGACACGCAGACUAUGAUAAACAGUGGCCACGGCGGCUUGGUCAUGUCCGAUGCUGCGAUCCAACAUUUUGGAGCCGCAGAAAAUGAAUAUGGGCCCAAGGGAUGUAUUCGUCUCAGGUUGACGUCGGACACUUUCAUGGUAGGUGAAAAGAACACCUACAUGGAUUGCCGACAUGAAAUCUUAUCCCGCCGCACUUGGGUGGGCGCUCUUCGGGACGGCAACAGUCCACGGAUACCCCUUGGCCACGAGAUGGCUGUCUCUGCCCGCAUCUCGCGGGCUCAACUGAGCCUGGUCCAGCGUGUCAUAAAGCUGGAUUAUGCGGAAACAAAAAUGUCUCCUUCGUGCUGCCACCGACAUCGGCAGAUGUUUUUCAACUAUUUUUGUGGUCUACAAGUAGACGUACUUUUCGUGCAUGCCGAGGCUUGCUAUCUCUUUUUCGAUGCUGGAGAGGCAUGGCAUACUCUUUCCAAGGUCGUCGGCAAUUUAUUCGACCAUUUGUCGAGAUAUUCGUUCAAGAAUAUACUGACUAUUUACGGUCAAGACAUGUGCGUCGAGGACAACAUCGACAAGACGCGCGACACCUGGAUGCAGCCGCCGGUGCAAACAAUAAUUCCAGCGCAUAGCGAAUCCAGACCUUUGCAUCUUUCCAGGCUCCAUUGGGAACAAUAUCCCGCCUCGUUUUGCCCAGGUCGGUUCUCGGAGAAGGACUAUAUCCGGCAACAGGUCAGCAAAGCCGACGAUUCAUUGUUUGGCAAAGGCGCGGCCGAGGAUGAGUUUAGACAAAAGAUUGCCCAGACGCGCCCGGAUUCGUUUUUCCAGUUUCCAUCAUUCGUGUCGUACAUGGAGACCAACAACAUUCCUGCCCAUGCCGCUACAACGGGGGCUAGAAUGGCUGCAUAUCUGCAGGAGGUAAUGGACCGCACUGUAGACCAACAACUCCUCUUGCAAAGUCGACUGGAUUCUGACUCCGAAGAUGACAAUGACUUGGAUUCCGAGGAUGAUGAUGAUUUGGAUUCCGAUGAUGAUGAUGAUGUUGAUAUGGAUUCCGGGGAUGAUGAUGAUCUUGCGCGCCCUCGUGAGUCUGGUCGAGGGGCGAUACAAACCUAG